UAAUGUGCUUAUUUCUAUAUUCUAAACGUUCCUCUAAACUGCUGUACCCCCGACGAGCGUUUUCUCUGCCAAUGUUGAAUAAUUGCUGCUAUCAGUAAAGGGUUUCCACUGACUCUCAUCACAAAACCCUUGGCUGACUCCCGUCUGCCUUCCACAUAUCAGCCAGUCCUUCAUUUAAAUCAAAUUUAUUGCUGUUUUUUAUGGGACCAACGCCGGACGGAUUGAGACAAUAUCCCCCGUUUUUAAAAUGCCAUCGCUGUGGACUCAAUGCCUAUUUGUUGACAGCACAAAUGUUGGGGAUAAAGAAGGUCGGUUUUAAACCCGGACCUCAUCAGCGUCAACACCUUCCAUCUCUAGUUAUUUUGUUUGCCCUUUGGAGAAUUUCUUUGUGUUAGAAGUGAGAUGUUUACCUGAAAAACACAGGAGUGCUUUCAGGGCUGGUAGAAAAAGCUUUAUCCUCCACUGAAUGAGCUUUCUGAAUGAAUAAAUUGUGUUGCACAGGCAAAAUCCCUCAAAGGAGUUUCCAGCAGUCUCACUGCUGCGGUGCUUCGGCAAGCGGAGGAGUUCCAAGGUCAUCAGGAAAGAUGUUUUUUGUGGCAGGGGCCAGAAAUGCCGCAGCAUCGGGAAGAGAAAAUGAGAGGAGGUCAAUUUACCAGAAGUUUCGUGAGGUGGAUAUUUUGGACAAGAAGAAAACGGUGACGGCUCUCAAACCCGGAGAAGACCGGGCCAUUCUCCUUGGACUCGGGAUGAUCCUGUGUUCAAUGAUGAUGUAUUUUGUGUUGGGCAUCACCGUUUUACGCUCGUGUGCAGACAGUGUGUGGACAGAGGAAGGGACGUGUGCUGUCAUCAACUCCACGGUCACCGGGGACGUGAACUGUUCUUACAGUUGCGGGUCAGACUGCUGGAGGGUGUCCAGGUUCCCCUGUCUGCAGGUGUAUGUGAGCGUCAACAACACGGGUCGAAUCGGCCGGCUGUCGCACAACGAAGAGACGCAGGAUGCGAGCUCUGAAUGUGUCUACAUCCCCCGGUGCCAGAAGGACAGCGCGGCCAUGCGCGCCGUCAUCGUCAACAUCUCCCAUCAUCUGAAGACCAACCAGCACGUCUCCUGCUACUACGACCCCAGCGAGCAGCAGGACACGGUCCUGCUGACCCGACUCUACGACCACAGCACUGUCUUCCACACCCUGUUGUGGCCCUCGUGCACGCUCACGGUGGGGGCCCUCAUCAUCGUCAUGGUGAAGCUCUCGCAGUACCUCUCCAGACUUUGCGAGGAGAUAGGGAAGAUCAAGAGACUUUCCUCCCUGGCAGAGACUCUGAAAACUUCCACUGAGCAGCAGCGAGGAUGUAGUUUGUUUAUAGAAGCGGACUGGAUGUUCCUGGCCGGAAGCUGACAGACAUGGAACUGGCUGUUCCUGACAAAACAGAGAUCUUUCUUUUGCAUGGUUUUAAAGCUUUAUAAAGCAUUGAGAGGAAAGUGUUUAAACCAAGCACUGCGUGAGACUUCAGAGAAAAAAAGAAAAAAAAGUCCUGGAGUGACCAGAGUUUUCUCCAGCUGCCCUGAGAGUAGGAUAACAAUGCGCUGCCGCUCCCCCCACCUGUUUCUUUGCUCUGCCACUCACGCGUUGGAAGCUAAAGGAGUCCCACCCAUCACUCAUUCAGACAAGAGACAGACUGAGACUGGAGCUCUUUAAAGUGAAGAUGUGUUGUUUUUCACUCAAGGUUAUCCUCAGAAUCUCAUUUCAGGAUAUGCCAACUUGAAUGCUCUGACAUAUAACAGAGUAAAAUGUUAAAAUAUCUUUGAGGAA